UAAAAAUAAAAAAAAUAAAUACAAAUAAACAAAUUUGCUAAUUUUUUUUUUUUCUUUAAAUGGCAAUAGUGAAAAAAAAUAAAAAAAUAAAAAAAAAUGACAACACCAACAUUACCAAAUCUUUCACAAAUAUCAAAUCUUCAAGGAAUGCAACCACAGCAACAAAUGAAUCAAUAUGGUAUGCCAAAUUUACCACCACCAUCGAUGAUUAAUCAAAUGAACCCACAAGGUUUAGGCAUUGGUUUACAAUCACACGGUAUGGGCAUGGGAUCUCAAAUGCAUCACAUUCAAAAUAUAUCAGCUGGUGGUGGUAUGAACCCAAUGAGUGGUUUAAUGGGUCUUUCUGGAUUAACACCAAUUGGUAUGGGUCCAAUGGGAACAACAACUACCACUUCAUCAUCUUCAACUACAUCAACUUCAAGUUCAACAGGACUUUCAAAUGGCACAAUGCCAACAUCAACUUCACCAAUUCAACAGCAAGUGCAACAAAUUCCACAACAACAACCUCAAAUGAUGGGUAAUCCUUCUAAUAUGGGUGGUUCUGUUGCCGCAUCUUCAGUUAAUGCUUCAGCCAAUGCUUCAGCAGCCGAUAAAAGAUUAAGAGGAAGACCAAGAAAGAACCCUCCAACCGAACCAAAAGAUACAUCUGGACCAAAGAGAAAGAGAGGAAGACCACCAAAGCUUGACCAAGAUGGUAAUCCACAACCAAAGGUUGUCCCUGUCCCAGGUUCAAGUAAUAAAAAGAGAGGAAGACCAAAGAAACCAAAGGAAGAAGGAGAUAAUGAUGCCAAUAAUACAUCAUUUUCCGAUAGUAAUAACGAUACUCCAAAAAAGAGAGGUAGACCACCAAAGCCAAAGGGUGAGGGUAGUCCAUCAUCCACUCCAACACAAAAUAAUAAUAAUAAUAAUAAUAGAAGCGGUAUACAAAAUCUUCAAAGUGUAGCUGAUCAACAACAACCACAACAACAACAACAACAACAACAACAACAUAAUAAUACUGAUGGCAGUAACAACGUCAACAAAGGCUUUAAUGAUAAUGGUAGCAUGGAUUCAUUUACCCCGAACUUCUCUUUCUUCCAUUAGGACAUUUUCAGUAUUUUUCUUUUAAAAAAUUAUUUAUAAAUUAUUAAAUUUAUUAUUUAGUAAAAAAACACAAAAAAAAUCAAUAAUUUUCAACAUCCAAACAAUCGCAACUAUAAAUAACAAAAAAAAAACCAAACAAAAAACCAAAUAUCAUCAAUCAAAUCCAAUCUUAUUAUAUUGUAUUAUUUUUUUCAAAAACAAAAGAUUGGUUAUCGCAUCAUUCACCUUACGUUUAUCUUUUUUUUUUUAAAAAAAAAAAAAAAAAUUAAAAAAAAAAAAAAAAAUAAAAAAUAAAUAAAUUUAAAAAUAUAAUUAAAUU